AGAGAUUUAUUUUAUUAUUAAAAUGAAACGAUAAAAUUCUGCUAAUGUUACAGGAAGUCCUAGUCGAUAUUUCUCAACAACUUAAAAUUAAUUUGCAGAUAUACUAAAAUAGAUUACUUAGAAUUGCAAUAAUAAACCAAUAAAGAAAGCAAGCAGUCCAAAUCAAAAUGGUCAAUUAUAGAAGAGGAUAAAAACUUAAACAAGUAGUUCAAAAAUGAUUAAUUAAAACAGUUAAAAAAAGAAAGUUAGUUCAAGUGUGCCUAAAAAUAAACUUGAAUAUUAUACAAUUUAAGAAUAGAUAGGAUCUGGGAAAUUUGGUAAAGUAUAUAAAUGUAUUUUAAAUUCAACAAAGAAGUUGUAUGCAAUUAAGAUGAUUGAUAAAUAACAAUUAAAAAAGAAUUAAAUGAAUAAUUAAUUGUAAAGAGAAGUGACAAUUUAAUAAAUGUUAAAACAUCCAAAUAUAAUUCAGUUAAUUGAAUUUUUUGAGACAACAACAAAUUAUUGUUUAGUAAUGGAAUAUGCAAAUGGAGGAAAUUUAUUUUAAUCAUUAAUGAGAUAAAAUAAUAAACGAUAUUCUGAACCUGCAGCAUCAAAUAUGAUAAAAUAAGUAGCUUAUGCAAUUUAAUAAAUGCAAAAAUAAUCUAUAAUUCAUAGAGAUUUAAAGCCAGAAAAUAUAUUAUGGUGUGAUAAUGUACUUAAAAUAAGUGAUUUUGGAUGGUCUAUACAAGAUAAAAAAGAAAGAGAAACACUUUGCGGAACAAUAGAUUAUUUACCUCCAGAAAUGGUUUAUGGAUAAUCUUAUGAUAAUUCAAUAGAUUUAUGGUCAUUAGGAGUGUUAACUUAUGAAUUAACAACAGGAAAGACUCCAUUUUAAAUAUAAGAAGGAUUUGCCUUAUAAUUUCCAGAUCAUUUAUCAGGAGAUGUAAAAGAUUUGAUGAAAGGAUUAUUAACAGAUAAAAAGAAUAGGAAAUAAAUUGAUUGGGUAUUAAACCAUGUUUGGUUAUGUUGA